GACCUCUCAAGUCUCCAAACAUCACUAAUCCGCGUCGGACAUUCACAUGCACAGGCCAUCACUGGCCCUGUUUGUUCAGAAAAACACAGGGACGAAUUUUCACCGAAACAACACUGUCCCGCGCGGCUCCGUGUGGCAGCAAACAGCGGCUCGCGCUGCCGCCUGUGUGCGUGUCGGAGGGACUUUGGUAAUGCUGCACUAUGACAGAUAGUGCGUUACAUGCGUCUGGACAUAUCUGCAGUGUUUUCUAGCCUGUUUGGUUUGGAGGAUUCGGAGAAGUGUUGGGAUUUUGCGCGGUGACAGCUGGACCGCCCUGCGCCUUCAUUGGAGGCAAUCAAGUAUCCGCUUCCCUUUAAGACAUUGUCCCAUUGCCAGUCAAUGUCCAGUAGCACGUGGCUGAGGCUGCCCUGUGGCUGAUCCUGACAAUGCUUUCCACUAACCGCUCCGGAGGUGCGUGGGGAUGAAAUGGAUGGAGCCCAUGGCCAGACCACCGCACCAGCUCCCGCCUCCAAGCAUGUCCAGCCGCAGCAAGUCUCCCCCCACCUCUGGAGAAGUUGCAGGCUCUAACUCCAUGGCAUGGGUGAAGAUGUUCAAAAAACCCGGAGGUGGCCUGAAGAAAUCCUACCAGCCUGGUAGCAUGCUGUCUCUAGCGCUCACUAAAGGCCUGCUGAAUGAGCCCGGGCAAAAUAGCUGCUUCCUAAACAGCGCUGUUCAGGUGCUUUGGCAGCUGGACAUCUUCAGGAGAAGUUUGAGGCAGCUCUCAGGUCACUUUUGUCUCGGUGAUGCCUGCAUUUUCUGUGCUUUAAAGAGUAUCUUCAGCCAGUUCCAGCAGAGCAGAGAGCGCGUGCUGCCCUCCGACAGCCUGCGUAAUGCCCUCGCUGAAACUUUUAAAGAUGAGCAGCGCUUCCAGCUUGGCCUGAUGGAUGAUGCUGCUGAGUGCUUUGAGAACAUCCUGGAGAGAAUUCAUUUACACAUAGUUUCAGACACUGCGACUGAUGCUUGUUCAUCCAAAUCCUGCAUCACCCAUCAGAAGUUUGCAAUGAUGCUUUAUGAGCAGUUUGUGUGUCGCUGCUGUGGUGCAUCUUCGGACCCACACCCCUUCACAGAAUUCGUACAUUACGUCUCAACCACUGCUUUAUGCCAACAGGUUGAUCGCAUGUUGGGGAAGAACGAGCGGCUGAGGUCAGACAUGUUUGGAGAAUUGCUGCAGGCAGCAAAUAACACUGGUGGUGACCUCCGAAGCUGCCCGAGUGACUGUGGUCAAAGUAUUAAGAUCCGCCGUGUUCUCAUGAACUGUCCAGAGAUUGUCACCAUUGGAUUUGUAUGGGAUGCCGAGCAGUCCGACCUCACAGACGAUGUCAUUCGGUCACUUGGCCCACGUUUGAACUUAUGCGGGCUUUUCAACCGUGUCACAGAUGAAAACGCCAAACGGAGUGAGCUUCAUCUGGUGGGAAUGAUCUGUUUUUCAAGUAAACAUUACUCUGCCUUUGCCUAUCACACCAAAUCUUCAAAAUGGAUGUUUUUCGAUGAUGCGACUGUAAAGGAGAUUGGGUCCAAAUGGAAAGACGUGGCCUCUAAAUGUAUCAGGGGACAUUUCCAGCCACUUCUUUUAUUUUACACCAACCCUGAGGGAUCUCCUGUGACUAAUGAAGAUGCACCAAGACAAACCACUAUGUGUCCUCGGUACAAAGCCCAAAUAAAUGGGGAUGUGUCAGUGAAACAUCCCAUUGGCAGUCCUAACAAAUUCCAGGAACCUUUCAUGGAGAAUUUGCAGAGACCAAGUGAGACAUCAAAAAAAGACAGAGGGCAUCGGAAAACGGACCCAUCACAACACAAAGACAUGGCACAUGCAAGAUCCUCAUCUCCUCCAGAGAAUGGAACGAGGCCCUCUGCGGACCAAAAAUUGAAAAGCUAUCCACGCACUGAGAAAUCAUCAAACCACUUAAGCAGAGGAUCUCACGAGCCACGUGGACAGUCUUUCAGUACGCAGGGUGGUGGGCACAGCCGGAGGAUCAACACUUCCCCAAGUCACCAUGAUCAGGAUACCAGUCAGGAGCAGUGGGAAAAAGGUGGAGGCGAAGGAAGCCGCAAUAAACCGAAGUCCACUUGGAGACCCAUUCGGGAGGUGUUAAAUGUGGACACUGUGCUGAACGAACUGGAGCAACGCCGACAGCAGCAACAUGACAGCCCGCGGCACAGUAAGCCUUCAGCCCAGGAAAGAGUGCAUGCCGAACAAAGCAGAGACCGCGAGCGGGAAUAUGUACGAGCCAGGGAGGAUCGGAAGCAGAAGUGUUUAAUGACCAUUUAUGAGGACGAGCAGCGGCAUGAGACUGAGAGCCACAGCUCUGUAGAGUCAGAGAGCAGGGCUAACCCACAGAGGGGCAGCAGACUUAAAGGUGGGCCCAAGACGCUGCUGCGCAGUGACACCUGGACCAUCCAAAGGACAGAGUCUGGCUAUGAGAGCAGCGAUAGACUCAGCAGUGGCUCCACCAAUCCUGACUCCCCCGGCGUUGAUUGCUUUGUUGUUAAAGACCAGAGAUCAACACCAGAGGCACAGCUGCAGAGUGUGCUCCACCAAAAAGGAGGCGAUGCCAAAUCAAGUAUAAUGUCCUCGCCAUCACACAAUGGUAAACAUCAACCCAAACCUCAGGGAAAGAACCAUGACCAAGUUUUACAUUCACAUCUAAAGUGCAGUCCAAGUGCGAGACGGAAAUCAAAGUACACUUCCAGUACUUCCAGAAAAGCAGCGUCCUCAGAGAGGGACUCCACUGGUUCAGAUAACAGGCCAAGCGAGCAGCAGGAGCUGACAAACUGUAGAGGGCACACUGGAGAAAGUACAGCCCUGAGGCACAUUACAAAAACCAGCAGCUCCGAGUGGAACAGCUCCGACGAUCUUGCUCUCUCUGAGCCCGAGGACAGAGAAAGCGCUUACCGCUCCAGCAACAGUGAGGCCAUCGCCUCCGAAUCCCAGUGUCCCCACAUGACCCUGCCAUACCACCCUCCCAGCAAUGUGACUGCAGAACCCCUCCAACUCCAACUGAACAAUCAGCGUCAGCUUGGCACGACAGGGUCACCUCACCUUCGAUCCACCCAGCGGACCUCUCCUCACCAGGGCGAAACAAGCCACGCAGUUUUUCGUCCAAGGAUGCUUCAAGAACCAUUUCCAUCGAGUCCUCGUCUUUCGUCCACAUCCUUCGCUAGUCCUCACAGGAGGCCUGACAUGUCAGGCCUCAGAACCUUCUCAGAUGCAAGCUCCAAGUCGGGCUCCGACCCUGAGAGGAGCACCCCAUCAUCGUGUGAAAGUGAGGAAAGACUGACUGGAUGCAGAGUGGAACAGGCAGCGCCGGCUCAAGAGGUUUCUCUAACAACAUACUUCACCGUGGAUAACUGUAUGACGGAAACAUACCGUCUCAAGUACCACAACCAGAGGCCUCUUGUCCUCUCUGCCACGGUGCCGCGGACAGUAGUUGUGGCUGAACGCAGAGAUACCAGCCACACACUCCCCACUGACACAUACUCACAAGACGUGCCAAAAGCCAGACCUGAAACAAGCCAUAAUAGCAAUAAACCCACUGCAAAAUGGAACCCAGUGACAGCCAAAGGACUGGAUGAACGUGGUUUUUUAUGAGUGUUACUUGGUAAGGUUUGUUUACAUGGAUGGGAAGAGGUCGGUAGAGUUCUAACUGGAUGCCAAAGAGUUUACAGAAUGGAAAUAUGUGCUGAAACUGAGUGGAAUUUAUUUAUGCAAGCUUGUCACAUAAGUAAAACCUAUUUCUAAAUGCUGUUGCGUAUCGUCUGACAGAUUAUCAACUAUCACGUACACUCUGCUGUCUUCCAUUGUCCCGCAGUAUUGCUGCAGGAAGAUUUUGUUUCAACCAAAAUCUUGACUGCUUUCAGUUUGCACAAAGGGUUCUUGAGUCUUUAUUAUUCUUUUUGAACACCUUAUGUCAGAUGUUUAUUUUUUAUAUUUGUGCAAUAGUUCUGCAAAAGUGUUGCAGAUUUUAAGAUAUAUUGGAGAGAUUAUGGUGUGAGCCACAGAAUGUUCAGAAAGUUAUGUUGCAGACACUUUAUCAGAUUAUGAUGUCAUUCUACACAAAAUAAAACCUACAGGUCGAAGGUUUGCAUCAUCAGCAGCAGGUUUUAGGUAGAUUUGCACCUGUCAAAAGAGUUACAUCUGAGCAGCUUACCGACUUUAUGCACAUCGAAGGCUUUGGGUCACCAGGGAACAGACAUUGCAACACUUACAUAUAUUCAGUUACUGAUUUGUUUAAAGUGUUAUCAUUUAUCAGCUAUUUUACAACAUCUAUGUGUUAAUGAAUGACUGAGGGCUGCCCCGUACCAGUCAACUUCUUUGGCUGUAAAAAUCUGUGGCAAAGAUUCUUCUUCUCUGAGGGAUGUAGGUCCUCCAAAUGGGAUUUCAGUCAGACAACACAUGUUUAAUGUGUUUAUUUCAGUAGCAGAACAGUUAGAGUUUGGUGUCCAGACUCCAGCCUCAUGACUACCCGCAGAUAUUUUUACAUGAGAUAUUGGGGAGUGACAAUUACGUAUUUUCCCCACUUGCCGGUGCCUGCAGGUGGAUGCUGGGGUGGAGGUGGGAUUAAAAGAGCAGGCAGCAAUACUGACUUAGGGCAGCAGCGACACUGACAAGGCAGAGAGAGUUUUGUAGAGGACAUAUGGAGAGCAAUGUGCGACGUGUGUGUAUGAAUCAGUGCAGCUCAAGUUGACUGACUAAACUAGCUCGCAGGUCCAUUUUUGUAUGAUUGUGUUCAGUUUCUGAUAGAGGUGGGGCCAAGUCCCAAGUCAAAUCUCAAGUCCUUAACUUGGAGUUUCAAGUCUCAAACAAGUCAUAAUGAGAGUUACAAUGUAUUACAUUUAGAAUUAGAAUUCUUGUGAAUGCUAUAUCUUAACGGCUUGAGGUAAUUUCUUCAGACUUGACACAAAUAUUCAUUUGGACUCAGUGAUGAGCUGAUUAGAUUUUGGUGGUCAUAGGUCAAAG